AUUUACAAACGGGAGCCGAGCAGCGCUGAGACCGCAGAGCUGCGCCAACAAGCUGCGCCAACAAGCUGCUCCUGGAGACGCUGCUGAGAGCAGCAUGUGCGCGAGCUGACGUGGCACAGGCAGCAGGGCUCCUUCCUCCUGAUUGGCUGCUGAAGAGUCGGCUUUGGAACCAACCAUGAAGAAGAGAAGCGGACGGCCGAGGGCCCCGGCGGCUUCGCGGCAGAGCGGCCGGACGCAGGCGGCGGGCGGCGAGGAGGAGAAGAGGCCUGGAAACAGAGGGCGACCUCGGAAGGCCGCCGCCCCCGCGGCCUCGGACGGCUUCGACCACGCCGCGGAGGACGAGACCGCCGACGGCGGCGUGGCGGCCGGCGGCGCACAAAAACACCCAGAGAGCAAGUCCAGAGCUUCAGGCCGCCUGUCCACGGCCGUCUGCCGGCUCUGUCACGGGAAGUUCUCGCCGCGCAGCCUGCGGCACGCCUUCGACCAGCGGCCCCGGGACGAGUCGGACGCGGCGGCGGCCGAGUCGCCGCUUUUCCACGCCGACUUCCAGCGGCUGGUCGGCGUGCAGCUGGACCGCGACCCCCGCCUGUCAGAGUUCAUCUGCAAGAAGUGCCACUCCAAGUUCUACAAGUGCCACGGCGUCCUGCGGCGGUUCCUGCAGAGGGUCAACCUGCCGCCCGUCGGCAAGGAGAACCUCGAGAGCUGGAAGGAGUGUCCGGAGGCCCCGGGGCCCCACGCCGCCACAGGUAGAUCCCAGCGCUCCCAGACGUCGCGCACGCUAACCGCUCCUCCGGCGCCGCGGCCCUUCACCUCGGACCCCGAGGUCCUCGGCGGCCUGGUGUCCUGGGCCCACCGCCACGGGGAGGCCUGCCGCUCCUGCCCCGCGCUGAGGGAGGUGCUGGAGGAGCGCCGCUGGGGCUCCGUCAAGGCCGUGUGGGGCUGCGUCGACGGCCACCGCUACGUCAUGGACGCCAACCCCGGGUACGGCGUGGACUUCUACGGCGGAGCGCUGGGGAGCGGCAAUGGUGACGGAGCGAUGUCGGGAGAGGAGGAAGGGCAGCCCCGCGGGAACGGAAGGAUGAGCGCUCCACCUGCACUUCCUGUUCACAGCUCGGCGGACUGGAGCGCCCACACAGAAGACUUCACAGGCCACCAGGGGGCGGCGGUGCAGCUGGAGGACAGAGCGGCCGACAGCGACCUGUCCGACAGGUUCAUCUCCGAGGACGACUUGGAGGGGGUCAGGAGAGGCUUAUCGGACGACGAGAUGUUCGAGCCGUACUCGGACAAGAGAGCUCGCAGCAGGGCGAGCGUCCCCGGCAAGAGGAGGCGGAGCCCCAAGGCCCUGGUGGAGCCCAAAGUGAAGAAGAAACCAGGACCCAAACCCGGCUGGAAGAACAAGCUCAAGCCCAAAGGAGAGGAGCUGCCCAACAUCUACAAGUGUCCGUACCAGGGCUGCACCGCCGUCUACAGGGCGCCGGACGGGCUGAAGAAGCACAUCAAGGAGCACCACGAGGAGGUGAAGGAGCGGCCCUGCCCCCACCCCGGCUGCAACAAGGUGUUCAUGAUCGACCGCUACCUGCAGCGGCACGUCAAGCUCAUCCACACAGAGGAGAGGAACUACAUCUGUGACCAGUGUGGCCAAACGUUCAAGCAGAGGAAGCACCUGUCGGUCCACCAGAUGAGGCAUUCAGGGGCCAAGCCGCUCCAGUGCGAGGUGUGCGGGUUCCAGUGCCGCCAGCGAGCGUCCCUGAAGUACCACAUGACCAAGCACAAGGCGGAGGCCGAGCUGGAGUUCGCGUGCCCGAUGUGCGGGAAGCGCUUCGAGAAGGCGCACAACCUGAACGUCCACAUGUCCAUGGUGCACCCGCUCAUCCAGGCCACGGUGCAGCGCGGCGGAGCCCCUCCCCCCCCGCCGCCGUACUCGGACCCGCACGCCAUCGCUCCGACCGGCGGCGAGGUGGUCCAGCAAGACCAGGACAGAUGACGGACCGUGGGGCGUUCAGGGACCCGGCGGCUCUCUGGUCACCUCAGACUUUAACUUUGGGUUUUUGUAGUUCUUGAUGAGCCGUUUUCAUUCCAGACGUCUUCCGUCUUGUUGCCGCCGGCGCCAACCUGCGUUCUCUGUAACUGCUUCACAAUAAAAGCUUUUAUCUUUU